AUGCAACAGGGUUAUGGGUUGAAGAGGGAGUCAUUGGUGGAUGGGAAUGUUGUUUUUGAUAAUGCUUUGUUGGAUUUGUAUGCGAAAUGUGGGUCGUUGGUGAAUGCGCGGAACCUGUUUGUGAAAAUGUCCCAGAGGGAUGUGAUUUCUUGGACCACAUUGGUGAUGGCUUAUGCGCGCGGUGGGCAUUGUGAAGAGGCUGUUGCUGUGUUUAAACAAAUGGUGGAUUGUCGCGAAGCUGAGCCGAAUGAGGCGACUGUUGUCAGUGUGUUGUCGGCUUGUGCUUCUGCUGGGUCAUUGAGUUUGGGGCAGUGGGUGCAUUCUUACAUUGAUACAAGGGGUGACCUUGUGGUUGGUGGGAACAUUGGGAAUGCAUUGCUUAACAUGUAUGUGAAGUGUGGUGAUAUGCAUAUGGGGUUAACGAUUUUCGACAUGCUUGAGCACAAGGAUUUUAUCUCGUGGGGCACUGUUAUUUGUGGUCUAGCAAUGAAUGGACACGGCAAGGAAGCUGUGCAGCUCUUUUCACUCAUGUUGGUACAAGGGGUUCAACCAGAUGAUGUGACUUUCAUUGGUUUGUUGUGUGCGUGCAGCCAUAAAGGUUUGGUUAGUGAAGGAACCAUGUUCUUUAAAGCCAUGAGAGAUAGUUAUCUCGUGCCGCAAAUGCGGCAUUAUGGUUGCAUGGUUGACAUGUAUGGACGUGCUGGUCUGUUUGAGGAAGCGGAGGCUUUCCUUAGAGCAAUGCUUGUUGAAGCUGAGGGGCCUAUUUGGGGAGCUCUGCUUCAAGCCUGCAAAAUCCAUGGGAAUGAGAAGAUGUCUGAAUGGAUUAGGGAGCGCCUUGAUAACAAAAAUGUUGGUGUUGGUACACUUGCUUUGUUGUCUAAUAUUUAUGCAAGUUCUGAACGAUGGGAUGAUGCUAAUAAGGUUCGGAAAACAAUAAGAGGCACUGGAUUGAAGAAGAUGGCAGGAUUUAGCUGGGUUGAAGCAGACUUAUGUGUUGCAUAAGGUUGUAUCGGAUGAUGAUGCUUGUAAACUGUAUAUUGGUACCAAACAACGAAAGAAUCUCUGAAGUUUUAAAGUAACCUGUUUUUUUCAACA